AUGCUCCGUCUGCUGCUUUUCGUUACUGCUUGGCUGUCCCUCGUGUUGGCCGAAGUUUUUCUUAUAUUUUGAUGGAAGUAGUCUAUCUUGUUUCAGCACAAAGGAAAGGUUUACAAGUUUCCAGAAGGAUUCCGAUGGUCCACCGCCACCGCUUCCUAUCAAAUCGAGGGCGCUUGGAAUGAAGAUGGUUAGUUUUGUUGAUCGCUGGAGAAUCGCUUUAGAAGCUUUGUAUUUUUUUGAAUUCUGGUAUGGAGAAGAACGAGUUUCGAGAGUUCAAAAAUUGAAUAAUUCAAUAAAAAAAAAUUGUGUUUGCGCCAAUUUACGAUACUACUAGUGACUGAUUCAGAUUAGUACUGAAGUUUCUUUGAAAUCGAAUUUUUUUAUUUCUGAUCUUCUCACAAAAUUAUCAUCAUCAUCAUCAAAAUAAAAAAAUCAAUAAAAAAAUCGUCUUUUUUUAGAUUCAUUCAUGACUUUAUACGUAGUCUACGUUUCACCAUUAUUCAAUUUUUUUCUAUGUGUUCACUUUUUAAACGAGUUUUCAAUUUUAAAAAAAGUGAAAAAAAAUGAUUACUUUAAAUGUUAGUGGAACCUAGUUUAUUUAUCGUUGCUUUCGCAAAACAUACAAAAAAAGCAAAGCUUUCAAAUGCAGACUAUUUAUGUUUUUUUUUAACUCGGAUUAAAAAAUAGCAAGUUUUUCUUUUGAAAAACCCAAUUAAUUGGAAAAUGACAGCUGGAAUGUUCACAAAAACGUAAAUACAUAUAACAAUAGUGUAGACUAUUGUUUUUGCAGGCCGCGGACUUUCGAUAUGGGACAAAUUUGUAAGGAAACCUGGGAAGAUAAUCGACAACUCGACGGGUGACGUCAGUUCGGACAGUUAUCACAAGUUCAGAGAAGAUAUUCAACUGAUCAGUGAUAUGGGGGUUCAGAAGACGGUCAAAAGACGAAUAUUAUCAUUUUUACAGCUAAAAGAGUACCGUUUCUCCUUCUCGUGGUCUCGAAUUUUCGCUGAUGGCACUCCAAAUUCACUGAACCCAGCCGGAGUCUUAUACUACCAUGAAGUGCUCGACGAACUAAUCUCCCAUGGAAUCACUCCAGUUGUGGGUUUUCGGUUGUUAGAAAAAGAGAAAUCUUCGUCUUGAGGUGACAUUGUUCCAUUGGGACCUCCCUCAAGGCUUGCAGGACCGUGGCGGCUGGUUGAACCGCGAUGUCGUAGACUGGUACCUCGACUACGCCAAAUUUUGCUUCCAUGAGUUCGGCCACAAGGUUAGUUUUGACAUGGAAAAAUGUAUUGAUUGACAUAUUGAAACCCAAGGUUCAAUACUGGAUAACCCAUAAUGAGCCGAUAAUUCACUCGACCUACGGACACUGUGGCCUUUGGGGCGAACAUGCUCCCGGCGGCUUGAAGGUUAGUUUCUGAAGGCGUCAAACCAAUAACGGUAGAAAGUCUGAAAAAGAGGUUUAGGCGAAGUUUGGAACUUUCUUUAUGUUCGAACACUGUAUCGAACAUAAAGAAAGUUCCAAACUUCGCUUUAAACUAUGACUUUUUGAAUUAUUUUCGAAGCUGAUUUUUCAUUGUUGCCAAAUAUUGAUUUCGGUCUUGAAUCUAACAAGGAAGCUAAUUUUACUUGUGAGUUACCUGAAACUUGACCAGAACACUCCUUGAUCUACGAAAAGAAGAUUUUAAUAAUGCCUCCCUGCACAACUUCUUACUUCGUUCUGGCCAAAGUUGAGGGAAUCCCCAACCAUUAAUUAAAAUAACCCCUGUAAGAAAUUCGAGAACUCAUUUAUCUGAAACUAUAAGCUUGAAAAUUAAGAACUAUGAAGGUCCUUCAUCUAGAUGUAAAUAAUGCUUAAGUAAGUUCGUAAAGCCUACUAAACUUGGAACUGGGAUGACCUUCCUUGUGAGGCAGCCACGAAAAGAAGAAUUCAGGAACACUGUGACUGGGCGCCUUACGUCGUCGGUCAUCACAUGCUUCUGGCUCACGCCUACGCGUACCGCUACUACCACGGAACACGCGGAUUAGGGAAAGGUAGCUUCCUCUGAGAAGAAAACUUGAAGUGAUCGUUUAAGGCAAAGUCGGCAUAACCAACCAUGUGCUCUUUCCAAUCGCAGAAAGCCAAGACGACGAAAAAGUUCGAGACCUUGUCCUCGACUUUUCCCUCCAUUGGUUCAACCAUCCCAUUUUCAAAAGUACACUUUGAUAGGUUAUUUCUAGAAAAUAUCAUUUUUUUUUUUCCAGGAGACUAUCCAGACAAGAUGAAGGCGUGGCUCGCUUACUUGUCGAAGAAAGAAGGGAGAUCCGCUUCUCGGCUGCCCGAAUUCACUCCGCAUGAACUGGACUUGCUCUCAGGCUCUGCCGAUUUCCUCGGACUCAACUACUACAUUUCGAUGAUCGUGAGAACAAGCAGCAAACCUGAGUCUGUGUUCCUGAGUUAUAAAAGUGUGAUUCAUAAAUUGUUGAGGGUCAACAUGUUUGGCAUGGAUGCUCCAGCAAAACUGUGGCUUUCGAAAAAAUGGAUGCCGUAAGUCCUCUCAUUUUUUUUUCAAAUUGAACUGUCUCGACCGAAUGAUGAAGGAUAAAUGGAAAAUGAUGAAACGAUCACCGCGAUUUUUCAGGGUAGGGCGGGAACAUUCUUGGAUCCGCAGUCAUCCUCAAGGACUCGAAGGACUUCUCGACAUCAUCCGCGAAGAGUACGACAAUCCAGAGGUUUUUCAAUUACUGCGGACUUCUCAAGGACAACUUCUAGGUUCUCAUCACAGAGAAUGGAUGCAUGGACACUCCUGGAGAGAGUCUAGAAGACGUCACCAGAAUCCGUUACCUCGGAGGCCACAUCGCCGCCGUCUCCAAAGCCAUCUCCAGAGGCUCAAAAGUGGCUGGAUACACUUUGUGGAGCCUCAUCGACAACUUCGAAUGGGCUGAUGGCUACACUAAUCUUUUUGGAGUUCAUCAGGUAAUCAAAAGUCGAAUUGCCUCCGUAAAAUCUUGUCUCAGGUUGACUUUGACAGCCCUAACAAAACAAGAACGCCGAAGAAGUCCUCGAAGUUCUACGCCGACGUCGUCCGCAACAACGCCCUCACCUGGAACUCCUGA